CCCCAGAACGUGAAGCUCCUGGACCAGUUCAUCUGCCCCCACUCAGGCGUCAUCUUCCACCCCACGCACACAGGUGAGGGGCCACCCUUGGGUGCUCUGGGGGCACCCAUCGUAGCUCCCGUUGGGGGGGCACCUGGAGGUCCCAUGGGUGCUGGGGACCCCCCCAACUGUCUUUACUGCCCCACAGGUCUCCUUUGGCUGCAGGUCCCCUACGUCCCAGCCCCCCGCGAAGACUUCUCCAACCAACACCAGGCCGUCAGCAAGACCCCUCCGGCGCCCGCCCUGGCCCCCGGCCGCCAUUGGUACCCCUGGUACGAGCGCCGCACCCCUCCCGCCGACGCCAUCGCCCGCGUCCGACGCCUCUACAAGGAUUACCUGAAGAAAGAAGAAGACGUAGAAGUCCCGCCGGCCCCCGAGACCCCCCCAGCGGAGCAAAAGAAAGAAUAAAGCCUUCACUUUCAGA